CUCGAGUUCGAGCUGGAGCUCGAGCUCGAGCUCUCGACCAUCAAGCCUUCUGCAGGCGGCUGCUGUGACAGUCGGGGGCCACGAUCGAGUCGAUCCCAGAUUCCCAGAGGACAGACAGAGAGAGGUACUCUGCCAUAGCCAUCCGUUGUGGGCGAUGUCCGUGAGAGGUAUUACGCCAUAGCCGUCCGUUGUGGGCGAUGAUCGUGAUCGGGAUCGGGAUCGUUUCGGUUCCCUCGAGUCCUUCUUCUUCUUCUUCUUCUUCUUCUUCUUCUUCUUCUUCUUCUUCUUCGUCUUCUUCUUCUUCUUCUUCCUUCUUCUUCUUUGCCUUUUGAAACGAGGUAUCCUGCACUGACCUGCAGUCGGCCAGUCAGGAACGGAAUAUUCCUAAGGGAGCUUGCGAUUAGAGCCAAGUUCAACUUCAUAAAUUGCGAUCAUUAUAACCAAGUUCCACUCGAUAGCUGCAGCUGCUGCUGGUGCUGCUGCUGGUGCUGCUGCUGCUGCUGCUGUUUAUUCGAGGGAGGGGGGAGGGGCCUCUCCGGAGUCUGCCAGCGGGAGUGGAGAGAACUGAGACGAGGAGCAACCAUAAUCAUGGCGGCGACUAUUCUGAGGCAGAGUAGCAGUAGGAUCGGGAUCGGGGCGACGGUGUGGGGAGAGUGCGGCAGUAGGAUCGGGAUCGGGCCGACCGUGUGGGGAGAGUGCGGCGGUGACAAACGCGAUGGGAAGGGAGUACUCUGUGGAGGAGGUAGGUCUCAAGCUACUGAGCGAAGUUUCUUUGGAACUUCCCCUUCAGACCUGGGCAGGGUGCUGAUCCGUCGGAGGUCCUCAGCCACUCUCAAGCUCGGCGUUCGGUCGGUAUCCGGUCCUGCGAAGCGCCACGUCUCGACCAUGACAGCAUCCACGCAAGCAGUUGGCCUUCGCCUACGAGCUGGUGGUAUGUCCGCCUCCGCCUCCGCCUCCCCCUCCCCGAGAUGGCGGGCACCGGAAGCCAUUUGCUGGACGACCACCACCUUCUCCUCCUCCUCCUGCUGCUGCAGUCAGCCUUUGCCUGGUCGUCGUGCCUCGGCUUGCUGCUCACGACUUGCUUAUGUCUCGGCUACGAGGAGUGUCCCCUGCAGGCGAAGCUCGAAUCCCCCCCUCUCCUUCGCUAGUCCACGUGUUCCCCGCCGAGCGACACGUGGCAGCAAGAGGAUGACUCCACCCUGGAAGAGGAUUGCAGUACGGUCUCGAGCAGAUGCUGCAGUCCAGCAUACAUUAUCCCCACCUGAUGUGGAGAGCGAAACUACUCCGAAGACGACGACGACGACGACGAUCACGACCGCGACACGUGUUCCUCAAGUCGAACACGAGGCCAUGGCCACGACAGACGCUGCAGCUCCGCCAUCCCCAUCCUCGCUGCCCUCCUCGUCAUCAUCCAGAUCUGCUCUCUUGCUCGAUCCCAACACGGCGACUGUGCGCCCAUCAACUACGGCACCCAGCUCCUCCUCCGCUUCACCACCACCCUCCUCUUCCCCCUCCUCCUCCUCCUCCUCCUCCUCCUUCUCCUCCUCCUCCUCCUCCUUCCCCUCCUCCUCCCCCUCCUCCCCCUCCUCAACCACUGCGAGCUCUGUGAGCUCUGCAUCGCCGCCAUCGCCGCUAUCGGCUUCCGUGCUCCCGACAGGCUCGGCUGCGUCGCCCGCCGCUUUGCCAGCAUCAGCUUCCACCGUGCUGGCCGCGAGCGCCCCGGCAAAAGAAAAGUAUGCUGCGACAACAAAAAUGUCCAUGGAAGAUCGCGUGUUCGAGUCCGUGGUUAGACGUGCGGCACGGAUUGGCGCACGAGGUAGGUACUCCUACAACUUGUCCCCUCCUCCUCUCCCUUCUCCCGCUGCGUCUGCCGCGGCGAACAUCAGCUUCUGGCAGCUUCAGGCCGCCUACAGGCGAUGCGGCAGAAUCUGCGCCGACUUCGCCAAGACCUUCUAUCUCGGUACUAAGCUGAUGACAGACGAAAGGCGACGUGCCAUCUGGGCGAUCUACGUGUGGUGCCGACGCACGGACGAGCUGGUGGAUGGGCCCAGAGAGUCCCAGGCCACGCCCGACGAGCUAGAUCGCUGGGAGAGAAGGCUGGAAGACCUCUUCGCUGGCAAACCUUACGACAUUUUGGACGCCGCUCUCACGGACACCAUCUCGGCUUUCCCCAUCGACAUUCAGCCGUUCAGAGACAUGAUUGAAGGCAUGAGAAUGGACUUAACAAAGACCAGGUACCAGAACUUCGACGAGCUGUACCUCUACUGCUACAACGUUGCAGGCACUGUGGCCGUCAUGACCACCCCCGUUAUGGGGAUCGACAGGGACUCUACGGCUUCGACGGAGAGUGUGUAUGCUGCAGCCAUGGCGCUUGGGAUAGCCAAUCAGUUGACGAACAUCUUGAGAGAUGUGGGAGAGGACAUGAGUCGAGGGCGGAUCUACCUGCCCUUGGACGAAUUGGAGGACUUUGGAAUCCAUGAGAGGGAGAUAAGGCAUGGGCACUUGACGGAGAGAUGGCGGAAGUGCAUGGGGUUCCAGAUCCAGAGAGCAAGACACUACUUCGACAAAGCAGAGAGUGGGGUGGGAGACCUGACCAAGGCCAGCAGGUUGCCGGUCUGGGCGUCCUUGAUCAUAUACAGACAGAUCUUGGAUAAGAUUGAAGAGAACGAGUACGACAACUUCACCAAGAGAGCGUAUGUUCGGGACUGGCAGAAGGUCUCCAGCCUCGUAGAGGCCUUUGUGCGCUCGCAAGCUCCUCCCACCCGUAGGCAAAUGAACUGGUUUCGCUGAGUCAGACUCUCUGUCAGUGAGUCACUGUCGCUAGCGAACGCCUCAACUGUCUUCUUCCUUCCUCCCAUUUUCUUCCUCCCAUUCCUGUAGAGGUGGUGCCAGAUCUUCCCGUCAUUCAGCUGAGGGGGGUAGUCUAUCAUUUGGGGGGGCGGCUCAAGGCCAGCCUCCAGAUGAUCAGGGGCCACCCGUGCGCCUGCUCCUGUUC